AUGUCAAGUCUACACAAUACUUCUUCCGAGGCUCUUAGUAGCCUCGAUUUGGGUCAACAGUCGACUCCAGCUGAAGAUCCAACAUACAUAACAGGCGACGAAUUCGAAGAGGCACUAUCCGACUCUACUACAACUUUUAACGACGAGUAUUUCUUAAAAGUUAGUGAACACACAAAUUUGAUUCUCCAAAAUUUAGACGGUAAUAUGAGCGUUACUCGUCUUAACAAAGAUAACAUUAAAAAAUCUCUAGACGAAAUCAAACGAAGUACACAACAGUUGUACGAUCAAGUAAAAACGAUAUUACGUCAUUCAAUUUCAUCAACCGAAAAUAAAACAGUUUCAUUAAUCAAGAACACCAUUAGGGAAAAGCUCUCUAAGCUAGCGGUCCAACCACAAAAAAUUACCACCCAGCCACUGCAACAACUAAUUGUUAACCCUUCUAUCACUCCAUCGCCACUACCAUCCUACGCCAAAGUGGUCAAAUCUACUAAAACUGCUGAGAAACAAACUAUCCCGGUUACAAAGCCAGCUAUCAUAGUUAGCUUUAAGCAGCCAGUCUCUUGUACAAAAGAAACUGUAAGUGCGUGGCGGAAAAGCAUUCAUUUUAAAAAACACACCUUUAACCCUUCUGAAGUUAAGACAGUCUCCAACCACAAAAUUAGGGUAGAGUUUGAUAACCAAGAACAACGUGACGAGAUCCUUAACGCCAUAAACCAACCUGACAGCCUUGUUAAUGCUGACGUAGCCAAGAAGCGUAAGCCUUUGGUAAUUCUUAAAGGCAUCUACAAAGACACACCUGUGAGUGAGCUUAAAGAAAUCAUUGUGAAUCAAAAUCCAAAUAUAAAAAGUCUCAUUAAAUCCCCCGACGAUAUUACCUACCGUUUUAUGCGAAACAAUAAAAACAAAAAUUUGUAUAACGCUGUGUUUAUGGUUACUCCCACAAUCUGGAGAUCAAUUGUGGAACUUCAAAAAAUAAACGUAGACCAUCAAAGAGUACAUACUGAAGACUACCCAGCUUAUCUUCAGUGCUAUAAGUGUAUGCAGUUCGGUCAUACGAAGAAAUACUGCACUGAAGAAACAACAAUCUGCUCCCACUGCUCAUCAUCAGAACACUCGUAUAAAGAUUGCCCUGUCAAAAAAGAUUACACCAAAGUUGACUGCUAUAACUGUUCCUCACAUUGUAAAAAAUAUAACUUGAAUAUUAACACUAAACACAGUGCUACAUCGCUACGUUGUCCACGUCUACAAAAACAAAUAGAAAUUUGCAAAACCAGAACCGAUUAUGGGUACUGA